CGGUAAAUCCCAGCGAUGGCUGUUAAUGAGGCAAGCCUGGGGGACACGCGGCCAGUGGACACCGGUGAUACUGCUUGUCCUAUACUAACCCUCCCCCCCCUCCAUCAGGGAGCUCCGGAGGGGAUACUGGAGCGCUGUAACUGGCUGAGGGUCAACUCGCUGCGGGUGCCCCUCACACCUAGUCUCCGGGAGCAACUGCUGGGUGUAGUGAGGAGCUGGGGCUCAGGCCGGGACACCCUCCGCUGCCUCGCCAUGGCGACCAGAGACAGCCCACUGCGAAGAGAGCAGCUCAGCUUGGAAGACACAACCAAGUUCUCACUAUAUGAGUCGGACCUGACGUUUGUGGGCUGCGUGGGCAUGCUUGACCCCCCCAGGAAGGAGGUCGUGGGCGCCGUGCGGAUGUGCCGCCAGGCGGGAAUCCGGGUCAUCAUGAUCACGGGCGACAAUAAGGGCACAGCGCUGGCCAUCUGCCGGAGAGUGGGUAUCAUCACGGCCGAGGAAGACAUGGAGCGGGGGGACAGCGGAGGGCUGACCGGCCGCGAGUUUGACGAGCUGCCCCCCGCCAUGCAGCGGGAGGCCUGCCGCACCGUGCGCUGCUUCGCCAGGGUGGAGCCGGCGCACAAGAGCCGCAUCGUGGAGUACCUGCAGAGCCUGAGCGACAUCACUGCCAUGGUGAGCUGCCACAGAAACAGCUUUAUUCAACUCUCGCUGGGGUGAUACAGACUCCUCACUCCGAUGAAGACACUAUGCCUGUUAAUAUGUAAUCUAAUUUUCCUCUUGGUUGACUAUGUUGGAAUUGGGUGUCUGGAAAACACUUAUAAUAUAUAUCUAUAAUUAUAAGAGUUAUCCCAUGGUCAGUUAAUCACAGCCCUGUGUCUGUCUCUGCCUCUCAGUAUCUUUCUCACUGCUGCACUGGGGAUGCCCGAGGCUCUCAUCCCAGUCCAGUUGCUGUGGGUGAACCUGGUUACAGAUGGCUUUCCAGCCACUGCCCUCGGCUUCAACCCCCCGGACCUGGACAUCAUGAUCAAGCCUCCCCGCUCGCCCAAGGAGCCCCUCAUCUCAGGCUGGCUGUUCUUCCGAUAUCUCAUCAUCGGCUGUUAUGUUGGUGCUGCCACAGUAGGAGCUGCUGCCUGGUGGUUUAUGGCUGCUCAUGAUGGACCGAAAGUCAGCUUUUACCAGCUGAGUCACUAUCUGCAGUGCAGUGAGGAACACAAGGAGUUUGAAGGAGUGGACUGCUCAGUGUUUGAGUCUCCCUACCCCAUGACGAUGGCACUGUCGGUGCUAGUCACCAUUGAAAUGUGCAACGCCCUCAACAGUCUGUCAGAGAACCAGUCCCUGUUGAAGAUGCCGCCCUGGUCGAACCCGUGGCUGGUGGGAGCAAUCUGUCUGUCCAUGGCUCUCCACUUCCUCAUCCUCUACGUCGACCCGCUGCCGAUCAUAUUUCAGAUCCACCCGCUGUCCUGGCCUCAGUGGGUGACGGUCCUCAAGAUGUCUCUUCCUGUCAUUCUGCUGGACGAGCUCCUCAAGUUCCUGGCCCGCAAUUACAUUGACCCGGGGCUGGAGCUCAUCCCGAACGAGGAGGACGAGAACCAGAGGGAGGCAGGGGGGCAGUGGUGGGGGAUGGCCACGCUAGCCCGUGCUCUGACAGGGGUGUCUUGGGUUUUUGUCCUGGUGUCCGCCCCACUCUUGUUGUGGAUCUACAGCCUGGACUCUGACAUCACCAAUAUCUUCUGGACAUAGAGAGAUUUGGGUGUGCAGAGAGACAGAGGAAGACAGGAAAAGCUAGAGGUAGAGUACACCAAGUUCAUAGGGAUGACAACUGCUAGUGUUGGUGCUGAAAACCCUGAGAUAAACUGACUGGAUACUACAGGACAUUAACACUACACUGAGAGAGGGGUUAAUACAGUACAGACACACUGACUGGACA